CUUUGGCCCACGCCAUAGGGAAGAGUUUGGAAUAGACUCGUCCCUGACAACUGCUGCGGUUGUUGCUGACAACAUCGUUCUUUGCUAAAGGACGUUUACCAGUCAUGGCCCCUAAGAGAAGAGCUGCUUCUGCUGCUAAAGCAGGCGGAAAGAAGACGAAGGAGGAGCUGGAGACACAGCCCAAGGAUGCCUUCACCUCAGCUAAAGAGGCCCUUCUGGCUGCAGGGCCACAGCUGAAAAGCAAAAAGAAGGUGGAUGAGCACUGCCCGCUGUCCUCAUCUGGAGAGGUUUACGAGGAUUAUGACUGCAUGCUCAACCAGACAAACAUAGGACAUAACAACAACAAGUUUUAUGUAAUCCAAAUUAUUAAAGCAAACAACAAAUACUAUUCAUGGAACCGAUGGGGCAGAGUGGGUGAAGCGGGGCAGCACAAACUGAAUGGCGUCACUGCGCUUGAGAUGGCCAUCAAGGACUUUGAGAAAAAGUUUAAAGACAAGACAAAGAACAACUGGCAGGACCGGACCAACUUUGUCUGCCACCCGGGGAAGUACACGCUGAUUGAGGUGGAUGGAGAGCAGGAUGCUGAGGUCAAGGUGGACACUGUUGACGGAAAAGCCGUUAAAAUCACACAGAACGUCCUACCUUGCACCCUCGAUGAAGCCACACAGAAACUUAUCUCCCUCAUUUUCAGCAACGACAUGUUCAAGGAGGCGAUGGAACAUAUGAACCUGGACAUCAAAAAGAUGCCUUUGGGUAAGCUCAGCAAGGUGCAGAUUGCAAAGGGCUUUGAGGUUUUGGAGGAAAUUGAAGCAGCUAUGAGUCAAAAUGGUGGAAGAUCUCGCCUUGAAGAACUUUCUUCAAAGUUUUUCACCACAAUCCCUCACAACUUUGGCAGAAACAGACCACCGCUGAUCGACAGUAGCGACAUUGUUGAAAGUAAAAAAGAGAUGCUCAUGGUGCUGGCAGACAUUGAGCUUGCGCAGACAUUGAAAUCAGAGGCGGAGAAGGCUCAGGAAGAGAUCGAGACAGUUCCUCACCGUCUCGACCAAGACUACAUGUCUCUCAAAUGCAGGCUCACACUGCUGGACAAAAGUACAGCAAUGUUUAAGAUCAUUGAAAAGUACUUAAAUGCGACUUCAGGGGACUAUUACAAACCAAAGAUCAUCAAUGUCUGGGAAGUUGAUCGUGAAAGUGAGGGCCUGCGUUUCAGCGAGAACGAUGCAGUGGAGAAUCGCCGUCUGCUGUGGCACGGAACAAACAUCGCGGUGGUGGCAGCUAUCCUGAAGAGCGGCUUAAGGAUAAUGCCUCACUCGGGAGGCCGUGUCGGUUGUGGGAUCUACUUUGCAUCUGAAAACUGCAAGUCUGCAUGUUACGUUCGGCCCUCCAACAACACCGGAGUGAUGUUUUUAAGUGAGGUCGCUCUUGGAAAAAUAUGUACAAUCACCAAGGAUGACCCUACCUUAAAGAAGGCUCCUGCAAGUUAUGACAGCGUGGUGGCACGAGGCCAAGUGGAACCUGAUCCAUCCAAGGACAUUGUCAUCACUCUGGAGGGAAAGGAGGUUGCUGUUCCUCAAGGAAAGGCCAUAAACCAGCCCAAAUACUCAAAGAGCUGCUUCAGCAACAGUGAAUAUCUCGUCUACAAAGAGAGCCAGUGUCGCCUUCGCUACCUGCUGGAGCUCAAGAUGCACUGAUGAUUCCAACUAAAGGAGCUGCAUGUCUUAUUAAAAGUGCAGGUCCUUUAUUUAGAUGUUCCACCAUAAUUCACAC